UCGUUCUACCGAAAAGACGUCGCCAUAUUUAUUUCUUGUGUAACCUUCAAGCAUAAAACGUGUUUUGUUGAUCUUAAAGUGAAUAUGUCCGAUGACAAGAAGAUUACCAGAAAAUCUGGAAAAGGAUAUUCUGCAAAACAUUUAAAAAGACUCAUCAAGGGCGAUGUUGAGACCUCGAAAGAAAAAAUAAAAAAGAGGAUCCUUUUGGGUCCCACUCGACAUAGAGAUCGUAACAUACUCUCUCUAAAUAGUGGUUAUAAUAACAACCUUAGUAAUGACUCCUCACUGUCUUCCACACUCCUCCCUACUACCUAUUCAAAAUCCGUAUUAUUUGAUGAAAGUGUCUCUAGUAAAGUUAAUAAUAGUCUACAGCUUCUGAUUAUUUCAUUCCGCAGCCCUUGUCAACAUUUACUAAUGCAGAACAACUGAGUUCACCACCAAUUACCACUGAACAGUUAAAUCGUUUUAUAGAACAUUUAAAUUCUUGGGCAGUUGAUUCUAGGGUUGCUCAUAACACAUAUUCUAAGUUGUUAACAUUAAUUAGAACAGACCUAAAUCUAGAUAUACAAAAAGAUUCUCGUACUCUCUUGAAAAUUGAAAAGAUUUCCAGAAAUUUGAUUGUAGAUAUGGCACCAGAACAUUAUUAUCAUUUUGGUUUGAAGAAGUCAAUUGUAUACGUAUUACAAAGGUUUUCCUUUAUCACAAAUGAAACAAAAGCUUGAAGUAAACGUUGAUGGUCUUCCGUUAUCCAAAAGUAGUAGUACCAUAAUUUGGGGUAACUUAAGACACAGGGGUAAUUUGAGACAAUUUGCGCACUUAAAAUUAACGUUCUGUAUGACAGACUUACGUGGUUCGUAUAAAAGUGGCGGGGGAUUUUUAUAGUGUUUACACGUCUAUCUUGCGAAUAUUAUAUUAGCGGAAAUAGUUUUUGCGAAAGGUAAGUUUAUUAUAACAAUCAGAAUGUUGAUGGUCAAAGUACCCUAAUUAAUUACGUGUAUAACUUUGCCUGCAUAUCAUAUGCUAUUGUUCGUAAACAAACGAUAAUUGUUUCAUAAAUAACCCUUAGACCAUGUAGUACAUGGACUGCUAAUUGUAACGAAAAUAUGGUCAAGGACAUCGCCUGGAUAUGUGAGUUUCAAGGUAA